CUGUGACUACCCACCUAGGUUAGUUUCUGCUGAGUUAAUGGAUGAAUAUAAAGAGAAAGAUUUCUUUCCUGUUGGAUCAACAGUGAAAUACAAAUGUCGACCAGGUUACAUGAAAAAGGCAGGGACGUAUUCUAGUACGUGUAAUAGAAACCAUCAGUGGUCAAAAGUUCAGGAGCUUUGUAAACGAAAAACAUGUGGACAUCCAGGAGAACCAGAUGGUGGUAGAUUGCUUGUAACAGGAGAUUUUGACUUAGGAUCCACUGCAAAUUACCAGUGUGAUGGAGGGUACAGGCUGAUUGGCAAGUCUACCAGAAAGUGUAAAGUAUUGAACAAUAAAAUGGUAUGGACUGACGAAGUUCCCUAUUGUGAGAUUAUUCCAUGUUCGCCACCACCGAAGAUUCCUCAUGGCAAGCACACUGGAGAGUAUUUGCAUUCUUUCUACUAUGGGACAAUUGUAAAGUAUACCUGUGACAAAGGCUACCCCCUUAUUGGAAAUGCCUCUAUUUAUUGUACAUCUAAGGAUGGGAUAAAUGGAGAAUGGAGUGGCCAUGCGUAUUGUGGAGAGACGCAGUGUCCAUCUCCUCAGAUUAAGAAUGGAAGGAUUGUGGCUGGAGUUUCCAGCACCUACAAAUAUAACCAGAAAGUUAGCUUUGAAUGCAUUGGGGGCCAUGAGAUGGUUGGUUCCAGAGAGAUUCAUUGCCAAGUGGAUGGUACAUGGGAUCCCCCCAUACCUGUCUGUGAACAGAUGGUUCAAUGCCUGCCACCCCCAGACAUUCAAAAUGGGACUCACAACAACCAGAAAACAGGAGUAUUUCCUAGUGGAAUAUUUGUGAAAUACACAUGCGAUCCUGGCUAUGCUCUGAUUGGAGAGACAACUCUUCAUUGCACAAAUGCUGGCAGAUGGUCUUCUCCUGCCCCUAACUGUGAAGUGGUGCAAUGCCAGCCACCCUCAGACAUUCAAAAUGGGACUCGCAGCAACCAGGAAACAGCAGUAUUCCCCAGUGGAAUGCUUGUGAAAUAUACAUGCAAUUCUGGCUAUGCUCUGAUUGGAGAGGCAACUAUUCAAUGUAUAGAUAAUGGCAUGUGGUCUUCUCCUGCCCCUAACUGUGAAGGAGGUAACUGUGACAUCCCCAUGAGGCUAGACUUUGCAGAACUCACUGAUGAAUAUCAGAAAAUGAAUUCCUUUCCUGUUGGGUCAUUGGUACAAUACAAAUGCAACCCAGGUUAUGUUAAGCAUCCAAGAAUGAAUGCCUCUUCUAUAUGUAUCCGGAAUCAGGUUUGGUCAGAAGUUCAAGAAUUUUGUAAAAAAAAAUCAUGUGGACAUCCAGGAGAACCAGAAAAUGGUAGGCUGAUUGUAUCAGGAGAUUUUCUGUUUGGUUCUACAUUAAAUUAUACUUGUGAGGAAGGGUACAAACUGAUAGGGCAGUCUUCCAGACAAUGUGCCUUAAAUGGAAAAAGAGUAAAAUGGAGUGGCAGCCUUCCUGAAUGUCACCCUAUCUUGUGCUCAUCACCGCCAAAUAUUCCCCACAGCAAGAAUACUGGAAAAUCUUUGAAAUAUUUCCUCUAUGGGACAACUGUAACAUAUACCUGUGACAAAGGCUACCCUGUUAUUGGAAAUGCCUCUAUUUACUGUACUUCUAAGGAUGGGAUAACCGGAGAAUGGAGUGGCCGUGUGUAUUGUGGAGAGACACAAUGUCCAUCUCCUCAGAUUAAGAAUGGAAGGAUUGUGGCUGGAGUUUCCAGCACUUACAAAUAUAACCAGAAAGUUAGUUUUGAGUGCUUUGGGGGCCACAAGAUGAUUGGUUCUAGAGAGAUCCAUUGCCAAGUGGAUGGUAUGUGGGACCCGCCCAUUCCUGUCUGUGAAUUUGUGAGGCAAUGCCCACCACCCCCAGACAUUCAAAAUGGGACUCGCAGUAACCAGGAAACAAGAGUAUUUUCCAGUGGAAUGCUUGUGAAAUAUGCAUGUGAUCCUGGCUAUGAUCUGAUUGGAGAGGCAACAAUUCAUUGCACAAAUGCUAGCAGAUGGUCUUCUCCUGCCCCUAAUUGUGAAGGAAAAUCAUGUGGACAUCCAGGAGAACUGGAGGGUGGCAGAUUGCUUGUAACAAGAGAUUUUCGCUUUGGUUCCACAGUAAAUUAUCAGUGUGAGGAAGGGUUUAGGCUGAUUGGCAAGUCUUCCAGAAGCUGUGCAUUGUUUGGUAAAACAGUAGCAUGGACAGGUGACCUUCCUUAUUGCCAGAUGACACAGUGUCCAUCUCCUCAGAUUAAGAAUGGAAGGAUUGCUGCUGGAAUUUCCAGCACUUACAAAUAUAACCAGACGGUUAGCUUUGAAUGCAUUGGGGGCCACAAGAUGGUUGGUUCCAGAGAGAUCUAUUGCCAAGUGGAUGGUAGGUGGGAUCCCCCCAUACCUGUCUGUGUACAGGUUGCAGGCUGUGUGAAUCCAGACAUUCAGAAUGGAAGAAUUAUUAGGCCCAAAGCAAGUGAUCAAUCUGUAUCAACAAUUACUUUUGAAUGUGACUCUGGCUACACCAUGAAAGGCCAGCAUACAAUUCGGUGUCAACGUGGUAACACAUGGGAUUCACCAGCACCUAUCUGUGUCAGAGUGCAAUGCCAGCCUCCCCCAGACAUUCAAAAUGGGAUUAACAGCAACCAGGGAACAUUAUUUCCCAGUGGAAUGCUUGUGAAAUAUACAUGCAAUCCUGGCUACAUUCUGACUGGAGAGGCAACGAUUCAGUGUAUGGAUAAUGGCACAUGGUCUUCUCCUUCCCCUAACUGUGAAGAGAUUGAAUGCAAGUCACCUCCAGAUAUCCAGAAUGGGGUUCACAGCAACCCGGAAUUAAUGGUAUUCAAAAGAGGAAUGUGUGUGAAAUAUACAUGCAACUCUGGCUAUACAAUGAUUGGAGAUGCUACUAUUCAUUGCACAGACUCUGGCACAUGGACCUUUCCUGCUCCUCACUGCGAAAAAUCACAGUGUCCCUUCCCUCCAAGUAUAGCCAAUGGAAAACAUGAUGGUUUAGCUUUGCAAAAGUUUACUUCUGAAACAUCUGUAACCUAUUCUUGUGAUCCAGGCUAUUUGCUUAUUGGAAAGGCAUCUAUUUUCUGCGGACCUUCAGGAAACUGGAGCCUUCCUUUGCCAUCCUGUUCAGUUAUGCAUUGUCCCGCACCCCCAAAAGUCAUCCAUGGGAGGCCUGUUGGUGAAGACUUCACAUAUGGGAAAUCAGUAAUCUAUAUUUGUGAUGCCGGCUAUUCCUGCAUUGGAAACUACAAUGUGACAUGCAUUUGGAACAACUCAAACUCUGUAAAAUGGAGUGAAGCCCCCAGAUGCCAAGGUUGCCUUGCACCACCAAAUAUUGGCCAUAGCAAACGAGACAAGACUACUUUGGAAGAUUUCCCCUACGGCACCUCUGUGACUUAUCAUUGUGAUCCAGGUUUUUUUCUUAUUGGAAGACCAACCAUUUACUGCCAGACUUCUGGAACAUGGAAUCGACCUGUCCCUCAGUGUAAAAGAAGAGAAUAUACAGAGGCUACCAAACUCCCAAGUGACUCCCAGGUGACCAAGGAUGGGAGCAAUCAAAUAGAAAAAAUAACUGGAUCAUUCAUAAAAAACACAAUACAUUCAAAAAUCAACAAAACAACUACCAAGGACUUAGCAACCACCUUAAACCCAGGUCUUGGAGGAGAGCCAGAUAUUGAAAGAUUUUCAGAACAAUUGAAUGGUGGGAAACAAACAGACCUCCAGAAAGAUACUUUUUCAGAGCUUAGAAAUUGCAGUGGAGAAGUAGACGGCUGUCCUCUCCCACCACUUUCUGGUAGCACCAAAGCAGAAACAAAAACCAUGAUUCAGACUGGUGCUAAUGUGACACUGGAGUGUGAAAAUGGCUAUGUCAGGAAUGAUUCCUUUCCUGUUCAAGCGCAGCAGAUAGGAUGGGAUGCCCCUGUGCCAGCAUGCAUACUGAGUAAACAAAGCUCUUACAAUUUUGCUACAAUAGGUUUUGGUAAGUAAUUUCUAGAACUUCCCGUUGAGUGCAAAAAGGUACAGCAUUGUGGACUUUACAUUCUAUAAACACUGGAUAAGAUAGGCCAGUAUAGCUACUAGUGAAAUGUCUGCCCUGUUCUUUACUUGUCUUUGUCGGAUGAGCACAUAUAAUACAGAGCAAUCAUAUUUUAGUGAAAAGAAGGCAAGAAAGGAAAAGGUAUUGCUCUGCAUAUAAUAGCAAAGUUGUGGAAGCAACUUGACAUAAGAAAAAAGGGGAAAAAAGAAAAGGAACACUUCAUUGUGAUCCU